CUUCGAUAUAUAUGUAUAAUGUAGUAUACGAUUAGUAUGUACCUUUAAUUUGAUUUUGCUAGAAAAAGCCACAGCUUAAGUGCUAUCACAAUGGAAAAAGUACUUGUAUGUAUGAUGUACAUAUGUACCUUAGAACUUUGAGUUUUUUCAGGUUGCUUUAAAAUAAUCAUCGAAUAACCACUUCAGUGCAAAACAAUUUGUCAAUUGCUAUACAAGUAUCAUGUACAUACCUUCCUUUGAACCUUGUACUUUAAGUUCCUCCUUCAAUAAGAACAAGAAAACCUGUAAUUAUUCGUUAUUGGACUUGUUAAUGUUCCUGUUAGUCUCAUACUAAAUAGAGUAAUAUCAAAAUGUCGGAAAAAGAAAGUCCGAUUAAAUACUUUCUAAGCGGAGGAUUCGGUGGAAUAUGCACCGUAAUCGCAGGACAUCCUUUAGAUACGAUAAAAGUUCGUCUUCAAACUAUGCCUGUGCCUGGUCCAAAUGAAACAGCUCUCUACAGUGGAACACUAGAUUGUGCUAAGAAAACAAUAGCAAGAGAAGGAGUGCGUGGUUUAUAUAAAGGUAUGGGUGCACCUUUAUUCGGUGUAGCUCCAAUAUUUGCCAUAAGCUUUUAUGGCUUUGGUCUUGGCAAGCAACUAAUAAGAAAGAAUGAUAAUGAUCGAUUGACACCGAUACAAUUAUUUGCCGCUGGUGCGUUCAGCGGCAUUUUUACAACUUUUAUAAUGACACCUGGAGAAAGAAUAAAAUGUCUUCUACAGAUACAACAAGGAGAUGCAAAACCAAAAUAUAAGGGACCUAUUGAUUGCGUAAAACAGCUUUAUAAAGAGGGAGGAAUAAGAAGUAUAUACAAAGGUACCUGUGCUACUCUUCUGAGAGAUAUCCCUGCCAGUGGAAUGUAUUUUGCAACGUAUGAAUGUUUGAAAAAUUGGUUGACUCCAAAGGAUGGAAGUUUAGGACUAUUGCCUACAAUAUUCGCUGGUGGUUGUGCCGGUAUUGCCAAUUGGAUCGUUGGAAUGCCUCCUGACGUGUUAAAAAGUCGUCUGCAAAGUGCUCCAGAGGGCACUUACAAACAUGGGAUCCGAGAUGUUUUUGUAGCUUUAAUGAAGAAAGAAGGGCCAAAAGCUUUAUACAAGGGAUGUACACCUGUGAUGCUCCGUGCUUUCCCAGCAAAUGCUGCAUGUUUUGUUGGAUUUGAAAUAUGCAUGAAUUUUCUAAAUCUGGUGUUACCUGGUUUAUGAAUUAAAAUAUACAAAAUUUUAUACAUCUAAUUACAUACAUCGUAAUUACUAAUAUAUUUUUUAUACAAAACAUAAUUGAACAGUACAUGUAAUAGCAUCAUCAUCAAUAUAUGUGCAUUCAUUAAAUUGAA